GAAGAUGGCGAAGGUCUCUGAGCUUUACGAUGUCACUUGGGAAGAAAUGAGAGAUAAAAUGAGAAAAUGGAGAGAAGAAAAUUCCAGAAACAGUGAGCAAAUUGUAGAAGUUGGAGAAGAGCUGAUUAGUGAAUAUGCCUCUAAGCUUGGAGAUGAUAUUUGGAUCAUAUAUGAACAAGUGAUGAUUGCAGCUCUAGACUAUGGUCGGGAUGACUUGGCAUUGUUUUGUCUUCAGGAAUUGAGAAGACAAUUCCCUGGCAGUCACAGAGUCAAACGAUUAACUGGAAUGAGAUUUGAAGCCAUGGAAAGAUAUGAUGAUGCUAUACAGUUAUAUGACCGAAUUUUACAAGAAGAUCCAACUAAUACUGCUGCAAGAAAGCGUAAGAUUGCCAUUCGAAAAGCCCAGGGGAAAAAUGUGGAGGCCAUUCGGGAGCUGAAUGAGUAUCUGGAACAAUUUGUUAGAGACCAAGAAGCCUGGCAUGAACUUGCAGAACUUUAUAUCAAUGAACAUGACUAUGCAAAAGCAGCCUUUUGUUUAGAGGAACUCAUGAUGACUAAUCCACAUAACCACUUAUACUGUCAGCAGUAUGCUGAAGUUAAAUAUACCCAAGGUGGACUUGAAAACCUCGAACUUUCAAGGAAGUAUUUUGCACAGUCAUUGAAACUAAACAACAGAAAUAUGAGAGCUUUGUUUGGGCUUUAUAUGUCUGCAAGUCAUAUUGCUUCUAAUCCAAAAGCAAGUGCAAAAACGAAAAAGGACAACAUGAAAUAUGCUGGUUGGGCAGCUAGUCAAAUAAACAGAGCUUAUCAGUUUGCAGGUCGAAGUAAGAAGGAAACCAAAUACUCUCUUAAGGCAGUCGAAGACAUGUUGGAAACAUUGCAGAUCACCCAAUCUUAGGGUUUCAAGAACUCUUCCACAGUAGAUUUCACAACUGCAUAAUUGAACUUACUGGCCUAUGACUUAUUUACUAAAUGUCCAGUGCUAUUUAUAUACUACUAAUAUUUUGUUAAUAAGGCAGUUGUAAAGAAUGUGUUUAUAUAAACCUAAAAAUGCCUUUUACUGCU